AAAAGUUCCUGGCGCAAGCGCGUAAGUCGUAACUACUCCAAUAAAUACGAAUUACAAGACCUCCCAUUUCAUUCAAAAUCCGAUAAUCCCAAUUUUCUCUCUCCUCCAAAUUCCUCAAUCACACCGAUCAACAAUGUCAGGCUACCCUCACAACCCACCCAACUACGGCUACGGCCAACCCUACGGUGCACCACCACCUAACCAACCCCAAUCUUACGGCGCACCACCACCUAACCAACCCCAACCUUACGGCGCACCAACACCUAACCAACCCCAACCCUACGGCUCAACCCAUUCUCACCCACCUCCUCAAACGGCUCAACCCUACGCCGCACCAUCCUCCUACGGCUCCACCCCUUCGGCCCCACCUUCUUACGGGUCCAAACCCGAUAAACCCCCUAAAGAUAACCACCCUUCAUCUUAUGGGCCUCCUUCUUCGGGUUACCCGACCCCAUCUUAUGGGCCGCCGGGUCAUGGGUCGGCUUACCCAUCUCCUCCGGGUCAUGGGUCCAGCCCAUUUGCGUCGCUGCUACCGUCGACUUUUCCUCCGGGUACUGACCCGAAUGUGGUAGCGUGUUUUCAGGUUGCUGAUCAGGAUGGAAGUGGGUUGAUUGAUGAUAAGGAGCUUCAGAGGGCUUUGUCUUCUUAUAAUCAGAGUUUUAGUCUUCGUACUGUUCAUCUUCUUAUGUAUCUCUUUACUAGCUCUAAUUCUCGCAGGAUUGGUCCUAAGGAGUUUAUUACCCUGUUCUACAGUCUGCAGUCUUGGAGGGAAAUAUUUGAGAGAUAUGAUAGAGACAGGAGUGGCAAGGUAGAUGCUUCAGAGCUGCGUGAUGCGUUAUAUGGUCUUGGAUUUUCUGUCUCCCCUGUAAUCUUGGACUUGCUUGUCUCUAAGUUUGAUAAGACUGGGGGAAAGAGCAAGGCCAUCGAAUAUGAUAACUUCAUCGAAUGCUGCCUCACCGUGAAGGGUCUAACUGAGAAGUUCAAGGAGAAAGACAAGAGUUACAGCGGCUCAGCAACUUUUACUUAUGAGGAUUUCAUGCUCACCGUUCUACCUUUUCUUGUUGCAUAAUAUAGAAGGCGAGAAGUUAACUGGUUCCUUUUCUGGUCAUAGUUAGUAUGAUAUAUGUAAUUGUUCAUGUAUAAAACCUUAAAAUUGAUGGCUUGAUGCUUUGAGAUACAUAGCUUUGUUCUCACUUUAAACUGUUUUCAGAUGACUUGCUGUAAGUAGCAAAUGUACAUGAUGUGAUUUUAACUUUUAGCAAUUCAUGAGUGUUUGAUGUUUGUUUGUGCUUCCAUAAA